GCCGCAGCUCCGUGUCAGUCGUUGGCCGGUAAUGGCGGCGGGUCGGCGUCACUGAGGGGGCUGCUCGCCGGCGGGCAGCGGAGCCGACCUCGGGGCGCCGCCAGCUCCCGCCGCCCUUCUCUCUGCUUUCGCGGGAUGUGCCGGGACCUGCCCCCGGGGCGGUGGGCGUCGAUCGCCGCCGCCGCGACCAGGAGGAAGGAGAGUGAUAUCUGUGAUCAUCGGUGAGAUAUUGGUAGACCUGAGGUGUUCUCGGAAGUGUUCCCCAUUGGUCUGACUUGUCUUCCCCCCAGCACAGAGGUCCAGAACUUCCUGUGAACUGAGUGAAUUCUUUGGCCAUCCAAUUUUUCCUUUUCAUAACGGAAAUAUCCUCAGUGUGUUGUGAAAGCAGCUCAGUCAGCACAUGCCACCAGACAGGAGAUCCUUGGCGAGAGAGUUGUGGCAGCCCUGACUAAUCACAGUUCUUGUUGCCUAAUUACAUGGUUUCUGAUAAACAGCAAGGAAGUGCUGAUAUUCUGAUCUUGCUCAUGAUGUGAAUUUGAAAUCAUCAUACAAGAUAAAUUGACACGAUGUGGAACAGCAAGUCAAAUGAGGUGCCUCUGCAAAAUCCGAGGCAUAACCAAAGCAAGGAUUCUACCAGAGAUCUAACUGCAGCAUGGGCUACUUCUUCUCAGACUAAAGCUGCUCUACGUCAUAUAGAGAACAAAUUGGAAAUAGCUCCCAGCAGCACGGCUGUAUUUGAUUCUGUCAUGGACGCCAAGAAGCCCUCUGCUAGCAGUAGCAGGAAAAUAAGCAGAAAGGCUUCCCGGUCCUCCAGCCAAAAUAAAUCAGGCAAGGAGAAGUCCUCACGCAGCCCUCUUCGAGCAACCACUCUUGAAAGCAAUGUGAAAAAAAGCAAUCGUGUGGAGUUUCGGGAACCAUUGGCUUCAUACAGCUCUGUCCAACUUGAAACCAAGCAGCUGCUCUCUAGUUUGGACUUCAGCGGAGCAGAAGGGAAGACUGAAGUAACAGGCCCUACAAUACACGAUCGAGAGGAGCGGGAUCUACGCAGCAGAGAUUUUGAAAGCCCAUGUUCAUCUGCUGCAGAUGAGACUGUUGUUAGGUAUUUGAAUGACCGACCAGCAAUUGAUGCCUUGCAGAACAAUGAGGCAUUUCUUAAGGUUGCAUCACUUCCAAGAUUGGAAGAGGAAAAAAAUAAUGGCUCCAGAGGAGAUGAGAGUAGCACUAAAACUCUUCAGAGUAAUACAUCCCAGGAGAGUGAACUGAAAGUGUCUUCCCCUUCUGCCACAAGUACUUCUAGUGCUCACAGACUGGAAAUCUUGAAACGACGGCAGCAUGAUGUGAAGUUGGAGAAGCUGAAGGAGCGGAUCCGAAAGCAGUGGGAACAUUCUGAAGAGCUGGAUGGCAGAGGGCAGCGCUUGGGAUGUGCUGAGCAACCUGUUGUGAUCACAAACGUGGAGAAUGCUGUGACUCCCAAAGUCAGGAAAGUGGCAGCUGCACCUGCUGCUCCAUCAUACAGAGGUUUCAAUCCUGCUGAAACAAAGAUUCGCGCUUCAGAUGGAAAGAUCUGGCAUGAGGAAGAGUUUCACAUUAGUCGGGAUCUGUAUAGAAAUAUAGCACUCCAGCUCACAGAGGACUCAACAGUGAAAGGAAAACCCUGCGAGAGAAAUAGAGAGAAAAAAGCAACCAGACCAGUGCGGAAAGUGCAGAAACUGACACGGUUGGCAAGUCCAGAGUCCAAACAAGGUGGAAACCAUGUAAUAAGUGCAUCCUCCUGGCGGGAGGGACAAAAGCUGGUACAAAAGAUAUUGGGUCCAGCUCCCAGAAUAGAACUGGACAGAAGAGCUGUAUCUAGUGACAGAACAGGACGAGAGAGAGCGGCCAAGUCUGCAGGCUGCAUUGGAAGGACAGGUUCAGAUUCUAGACUGGAUGUUACCCAUAAAACCUCUUCAAGAAGUUCUGAAAGGUCAAGAAGUAAAGUACGAUCAGAGAAUAAUCUGAAGAAACUGGAAGCUGCUCUUCCAGGUGACAACCAAGACGACCAUGGCUCUGUAAAUAAGGACUUCCUGCCCAUGGAGAUACGUGGAAUUCUCGAUGACUUACAGUUGGAUUCCAUGAGUACCAAGCAAGAGAAGGAUGCGGAAAAGCAGAGUCAGAAAUCUGUUUUGCCUACUCAAAAUGCCAGGAGCCACAGUCCAACCAAAAGAAAACCAGACAAGAUAGCUACCAGCGAGGAGCCGCAGGUAAUCUCUAAGAAACGUCACUAUGAUACAGAUGAGGUUCGUCAGUACAUCAUCAGGCAGCAAGAGGAGAGGAAAAAGAAGCAGAAUGAAGAGAAGAAAGCACAAAAGGAGGCAACAGAACAGAAGAACAAAAGACUCCAAGAGCUCUACAGAAAGCAGAAGGAGGUUUUUACUAAAGUGAAGAAUGUGCCUCUGCCAGAGCCUUCGGCAGCCAAACGGUUACAAGAAACCUAUUCUAAGUUAUUGCUGGAACGGACGCUUUUAGAAGAGCCACCUCAGCUGCCUACAGUGCAGGAAACUCAGACCAGACCUGGUUAUCAGCCAUCUGGCGAAUCUGACAAGGAAAACAAGGCUCAAGAGCGUCCUCCAAGUGCAUCUUCGAGUAGCGACAUGUCACUUUCAGAACCACAGCAGCCUCUACUCAGGAGCGAUUUGAUGGAACCUCCAUGGGUACAGCCAGACAGGUUGAGCCCAAGAGUCCAGCUCUCUCACUCACAAGCUCUUGUGGGCUCAAAUGGAGGCCCUUGCUUCCAACACCGGAGUCUGGAGCAGAUGGACCUUUUAUCAAAGGAAUGUGAUGCCAUGUUGGCAGGCAGGAGAAGCCAUGCUACACCUGUGGGAUCACUGACCUUGAUGCCUCAGCCAUACCUGAAUUCACCCUCUGCACAGCAAAAUCUCUUAGUAAAACCUACAACUAACCAAUAUAAGAGCAAAUUAGAUCGGAUUGAAGCUUUGAAAGCUACAGCGGCUUCCCUUUCUAGCAGGAUUGAAAGUGAAGCUAAAAAGUUGGCUGGGGCUGGUAUCAAUUAUGGCACUAUGUGGAACUCAGACCAUGAAUUUAUGCAAGAAAACCAAGAUGAUGGACGGUGGGCAAAGGCUGUGAGUCCUCCUGUGAGAGAGGAAAACAAAGAUGCUUUUUCAGCCAGAAUUCAAAAGAUGUUGGGUGCCUGUGUGUCUCAUACAGCCUUUGAUGACAACCUUCCUGGGGUAGGCAACCUUAGUGAAUUUAAAAAGCUCCCUGAGACCAUCAGGCCUCAUACAGCUGCAGUAAGCCUUGGAAUGAAGUCCCCAGCUGCUAACAGGCAUGAGGGGAUACUAGGACAUUUAUUUAAGAGACAGACUGACUCCCCAGGACAUGAAAACCAGGCUUGUGCUCCAAACAAAGCUGCAGUUCCUCACGAGUCCAGCAUUGACUCCAUCAGUGAAGGGCCCCUCCUGAGUGAUGGAAGCCUGUGUGAAGAGGAAGGAGCUCAGCACAAACAGUUGCCACUGAAGAUGCUGGAGACAUUAAAAGAGAAGGAUUUCUGCAUGCGGGAGAGAAAUGCUUUUCAGACCAUAAAUGAGUUUCAGAAAGAAGCUGAGAAAUAUUUGCCACUUUUCACUCAGACAAGUGGUGCACACAACAAGGGGCCGUGGGAGGAGCUGGCGAAGGGAAGUCCUCACAGUGUCAUCAACAUCUUUGCUAAAGGUUACCAGCUUCAUGGAAAAGUGUUUGAUGAAAGGUCAAAUGGAGGGUCUGCCCUUCUGCGCCCUUUACUCCCUGCUAUGAGCCCUCCAGAGAGUGUGGCUUCUUAUGAAGAUGAUUUUGCCUCAUCACAAGGCAGUAGCACUUUAACAGACAAAAAGAUUGCUCAUGACCUCAGUGUUGCUGGUAGCAGUAAUUCAAGCAUUCAGGAAGAAAUUCUGAGCAGGAAGUCUUCCCAUGAGCCUCGAUCUGCAGAGCUUGCUUCUCAGCAUUCAUCUGGACCACGGUCUGCAGCAUCUUCUCGCUCAUCUGCUUCCUCUAAAAAGAGAGGGAAAAAGGAAAGGUUGGACUCUUUCAAUGGAAGUUCCCACCGCUUUCGUGUGGAAGAAGAUAAAUUAGAGUGGGGAUCUCAACAAACAAAGAAGUCCUUAUCAAGUAGCAAAACUUCUAGUAAAGAUCAUGAACAGAACCCAGAUACAGACAACACAUUAGAAAACUUGUCUGGACACUCCCUAAUGAGUUUCUCAGACAAGGGAAGAUCCCAGAAGACACCAGCUUCUUCCCCAUCUUCUGGUUCCCAAAAAAUGUUGCAGUUUGAUUCUUUAAGCAAUGCAUCAGAAAGAGUCAAGUCACCUGCUGGCUUUUCUGGAAGUACAACAUCAGGGCUGAAACCUAAUGUAGCCUUCCCUGACUUGGGAAGUAGCAGGUCCAUAGCAGGAGCAGCCUCAGCAAGCGGGUGCCUGCGCUUCACCCCCACUGGCCUCCAGCAUCGUUUCUCAGCAGAACUGAACUACCUCAGUGCUAUCGAGGAGUCAGUGCGACAGCUGUCAGACAUAGAACGAAUACGAGGUGUAUCACUUGCCCAGCAGGAGAGUGUUUCUUUGGCUCAAAUUCUAAAGGCACAGCAGCAGCGCCAUGAACGGGACUUAGCUCUUUUGAAAAUGAAGGCUGAACAAGAAGCUUUAGAGAGUCAAAGACAACUGGAUGAGGCAAGGCAGAAGGCAGCUCAGGUGCAUGCAGAGUCACUACAGCAUCUGGUCCAGUCCCGGCAGGAGGUGGUACAGGAGACCCCCUGCAAGGCUGCAGCCAAACAGACAGAAGCUGCACUUCUCACCACAGAUGCAGCUCACCAGAAGCGUGAGAUGACAGAGUUAGCACGAAGCCAGCUCUUGGACACUGGCAGCACUCCAGCUGCUCCUGUCACCAGCCUGUUUGACCAUCAGCGGCAGCAUCAAUCAGAGUUCAUGAAGCAACUGAGAGCCCGAACUGACACAAACAGGAAAGAGUCUGCUGCCAUGUCACAAGGUAAAGAGGAGACAGGUGACUCAAAGCAGACAUACUCACCAGUGUUUGAUAGUUAUUCAGAGUCCUCGAGAUCAAAGGUUCAUGAUCAGAGUAGCACCAGCAGCCGCCAAGAGAGCCCUUCAGUUCCAUCUUCAAAGGAGAAUGAGAAGAAAGCUUCCCGUCGUGAGAAGAUAACGAGCAGCAUUGAAGAGCAGGCUCAUACUGCUGUGGAUGAUUCCUUGCCAAGUGACAGUGUUUUAUCACUGCCAGAUGAAAAAGAUUCUGCUUCUGUUGCAACAGAGUAUUCCCUCAAAUUUGAUGAAUCUAUGACAGAGGAUGAGAUUGAAGAAAAAUCUUUUCGGUCUUUGCUGCCCUCUGAGAGUCAUCGCAGAAAUAACUUGGAGAAGAAACGGGGCAGUCGGGAUGACUCUGAUGAGGAAGUCUCCCCAGAGAAAACAGCUCUGUCAUCUAUCAAGGAGCUGAGCAUGCCAUUCUCAGGGGGCCAAGACAGUUUCUCCAAAUUUACAAUGGAGAUGGUAAGACAGUACAUGAAAGAGGAAGAAAUGAGAGCAGCUCAUCAGUCCUCACUGCUUCGGCUCCGGGAGAAGGCUCUGAAAGAGAAGACCAGGGCUGAAUUAGCUUGGCUGGAGCACCAGAGGAGGCAUUUGAGAGACAAGGGAGAGGAUGAUAAGAUGCCUCCUAUUCGAAAGAGGCAGCGUGGUCUGCUGCUGAGAUUACAGCAGGAAAAGGCAGAAAUUAAGCGUCUUCAAGAGGCCAACAAAGCUGCUCGGAAGGAGAGACAAUUGAUCCUCAAACAGCAGGCGGAAAUAGAACGGAUCCGUCAGACUACAAUGAAACUACAGGAAAAACUGAAGUCUGCAGGAGAAAACAAGCUGGAACUUCACAGUGAGGAUGACAUGAAGCAGAGCAAUGGUUCUAGCCCACUUCCAACUGAUGCAGAAACACGCAGCCCUUCCCCCAUCUCCAUCUCUAGCAGUGAGACUAGCAGUAUUAUGCAGAAACUUAAGAAAAUGCGCAGCAGAAUGGAUGAAAAGUUCCUAACUAAACGAGAACAGAAGCUGAUGCAGCGUCGCCAACACGCUGAAGAAUUGUUGGAGUGGAAACGCCGCCUGGAUGCAGAGGAAGCAGAGAUACGGCGGAUAGAAAAGCAGGCUCUAGCUGCCUGGGACAAAGAGCUGCUCAAAACCAAAAUAGCCAAGAAAGAUCUGGAGGAUCAGAGAAUUGAGCCCAAAGAAACAGCCAGUGAAGAAGAGUCUCCAGUGCCUUCUUGCUCUCAUCUGAACACUGAAACCUCUAUCCCAGAAGAUCUUGGCAGUCUUCCUGCUGAGUCUGUCCCAUCAGAGGCUAUGGGCCAUGGACAGCCAGAAAGCCCAAAUCACAGUACAACUAAUGAAGAAAUGGUUUAUUCUGAAGAGUUCAAGUCCUCUACCUCACCUGGCAAACUUUCUCCUCCCAAAAGCAAUGUAUCUGUAUCGAAGCAAGAUUCCAGCAAAGGCAACCAUAGAACUGGAGGGCAGCUACGUUCACCUGUGAAAUCUCAUCAGAUAUCUCACAACUGGUCUGAUGAGUCUUUAUCUAUGACACAGUCAGAAACCACAUCUGAUCAAAGUGACAUCGAAGGACGGAUCAGGGCCCUGAAGGAUGAACUACGGAAAAGGAAGUCAGUGGUUUACCAGCUGAAAAAGGAACAGAAAAAGAGACAAAAGGAGAGACUCAAGGCCCAGGAAGCCAGUUUGAUCAAACAACUGGAGUCAUAUGAUGAGUUUAUCAAGAAAACUGAGGCAGAGCUGAGCCAAGACCUGGAAGCAGCACCCACAGCCAAACCUCAGAUUAAAGCUCCAUCUUCAGCUGCUGCUGAAAAACCCAAGAUCAAGGCACCACCCCUUCAUAGGCCUGAGACAGCUAAGAACUGGAAAUCACUGGCUGAAUCAGAGAGAUCCAGAGCAUCUUUGGAAUCUAUUUCAGAGCAUGCAGAUGCUGUGUCAUCAAGAACUGAGAGAUCUGUGUCGGUGCACACCAAGAAGGUAGCUGUGACAGAUGUUCAUGCAGGAGAACCUUCUGGAGCAUCUUCUGGUUUAAUGUCACCAAGGACUUCCAGAGCAGGCUCUGGUGAUUCCUUAGAAAAUGUACCCUCAUCAUGUCUCCUCAAUGACGUGAAGGACAUUAGCAGGAUAUCUCAUGAGUCAAUGAACAAUGUGGUAAAAGCAUCCAAUGAUGAGACUGCCUUCAGUCAUAAAUCUGACAUACAGGAAGACUUGGAAAACAGAAAAUUCGAGGAAUAUGAGAUUGAAGGUUCUCAUAUUAAGCCUUUGGAGAGUUCUGAUGUCUUGUUGACAUUAGAUAAGGAACAGGAGAGCUCACUGGACAUCCUUUCAAAGAAAGUCCUCCAUUCUGAAAAUGAGCACUCUCAGAAGGAACUCUUUGGCUUGGCUGUGGAAAGUCAUCGUAGUAUAGAAGAAAUGUUAGAACAGAGAUUGUCAGAUAAAAAUGCUAUAACUGGCCCAAAUCUAGAUGAGCAUUUUCACCAACUGAGCAGAUCAGCAGAGGAAAAAGGUUGUCUGCUUUCAGAACAACUCCUUAGUCAAAAGGAACUAUCAUACCUUGAAGACUUUGAAGGAUCCUCUUCCCAAAAACAAACAUCAGUUGAAGGAACACUUCCCGAGGAACGUUACGAAGAUGACUUUGAGGCUUCCCUUCUGUCUCCCAAUGCAGAUGCCCAGUCACUGGCAGAGCAGUCACAGCACACACUGACCAGCAGAAGCAGAUCCACCAGCCUUGGCAGCGAUGGUGAAAUCAGUGAGUGCCUCAGUGACAGAUCUCUGUCUCUCUCUGGCAGUAUGCAUUCAGAGAGGUUGUUAGAUCUGAAGUCCCCAACAGAGCUUAUAAAAGGUACUGAAUGCAGAUAUGUGGAGCAAGAACAGGCCUCUGCCAGAUCACCACUGUGGGCCUCUGCUUUGAUUGCAGAAGAAACAGAUAGUUUGACAGAUUUCAACAUUGGUGAUAGAGUACUUGUGAGUAAAGUCCAACCUGGAACAUUGAGAUUCAAAGGGCUUACUAAGUUUGCCAAAGGGUUUUGGGCUGGUGUUGAGUUGGAUAAAUCUGAAGGGAACAAUAAUGGGACUUAUGAUGGUAUUAAAUACUUUGAUUGCAAAGAAAAGCAUGGUAUUUUUGCUCCUCCUGAAAAAAUCUCUCACAUUACAGAAAGUACUGAUAGCCAUUUAGACACAAAUAAGGAUGAAGAUUCAUUUUUCGAUGACAGACUGGAAAAGCAACACAAAGCUGAGGAUAAAGACAGAGAAAGUUCCAAACCUGGAAAAGAAGAUGAAAGCCAUAGCAGAGGUGCAACAGAGAGCUAUUCCCAAGGUAAAGCUCCGACAGACACAGCUAUUUCAGAAGCCUCAGCUGAGGAAAGGAUUGAUGAGAAGUCAUCUUCUAAAGCAAACAGCAUAAAGAUUUCUGCAAUUACUGAGUCACUUGCCCAAAAACACUCAGUGGUGGAUUAUCUGAAGCAUGCUGUAAAAGAGGCAGCCAGCUUUGCUUCUGUCAUUUCUGGUACUGAGGAUGAGAUUUCUGCUGUUCAGUUGGAUGACAUCUCAGAUUUCCUUUCUGAAAAACUGGAGAGGCAGAAGACACUGGGGGAAGAAUGUGCUGAAAAGUUAGAUGAUCUCUCUCCCGAAGUUGUGGAGAAGGCUGCCACUCCACUUCUAGAUUUGCUGACAAAAGAAAAGAACCAGUUAGAAGCCCAGCUUAGGGUACCACUUAGAGAGGAAGAAGAGUCAAAAGACCAACUGGAAAAGGUCAGCUUGCUGGCAGACAGUUUACUCAGAGAUUUUGUGAAAGACACAGUCAAUCAGUUACAGCAAAUAAAGAAGAUCAAGGAUGAGAAAAUCCAGCUUAGCAACCAGGAGCUUUGUGAUGUGAAGGAGGAAUCCAGUACCCCAUCCCAGCAGGUAGAAAAGCAGAUUCCCAACAGAUUGAAUAACUUCUUUCUAAGUUCUGAUUUAGAAGAUGAAAGAGAAGAGCUUUCCUCUCCAGACAUGUGUCCCAGACCGGAGAGUCCAGUGUUUGGCGCCAGUGGUCAGGAAGAACUUGCCAAGAGACUGGCAGAGCUGGAGCUCAAUCGGGAGUUCUUGAGUGUGCUGGGAGAUGAUCAAGACUGGUUCGAUGAGGACUAUGGCCUGAGCUCCCAUAAGGUCCAACAGAAGCAAGCUGAGGAACCAGCAGUUCUGCCCAAGGUAGAACCACAGAAAGUGCCAACAAAGCCUUGUGAGGAGCCUUUGGCCGUCCCUCAUACUGCAGUGGAGGUGGAAGGGAUGGUGCAUGCAGCAGCUGAGGAACUCUGGAAACUGAAAGAGCUGGGGCGUGAUCUUCAAAGUUUCAGCCUUCAUACAGAUCUUAUUACUCUCAAAGAGCAGGACACAGACACAAUAAACAAGCAGGUUUAUAAAAAGGUGAUAUUUGAUUUAACAAGAGAGAUCUUUGGAGAAAUCUUUGCUGAGGAUCCUAAUCUGAAUCAGCCUGUUUGGAUGAAGCCAUGUAGGAUCACAUCUGCUUACUUUCGCCGAGUAAAAGAUCCAAAUGAUCUGGGUGAAAUCAAGAGCUUCAUUGCAGCUGAAGUACUGAAGUUGUUCAGCCUGAGGAAGGACCCUAAUCACAAAACAGACUGGCAGAAGAUGAUGAAAUUUGGGCGGAAGAAACGAGACCGAGUGGAUCAUAUACUGGUGCAGGAACUUCACGAGGAAGAAGCACAGUGGGUGAACUAUGACGAGGAUGAGCUCUGUGUCAAGAUGCAGUUGGCUGAUGGGAUCUUUGAGGCCUUAAUCAGAGACACUGUGGACGUGCUGAACCAGAUAAAUGAGAAACAGCGGAGACUGCUGCUCGUCUGACAGUGCUGAAAAUAAGCUCACAGCUGCAUAACCACUGAGUCAGGGGCCUUCCUGGUUCCUGGCCUCCUCUCCACCCUGCAAGCACUGCUGCCAGACUUCCACACGUGGGGUUUAAAGGCAGUCAAGGUGGGAGUAAAGGAACCUGCAUUUACAUCUGUUGCCACUAGAGACCUGGCGCUGAAUUUGUUGUCUGGAACAGGCUGAUCCCUCACUCGAGGCUCUCGUGGAGUGCUCAAGACUGUUUGUGUGCUGAUGUGGUUAUGCCACACAGCUGUCAGCAGAUGUCUGGGGCCACAGCCUGGGGCUUUGAAGUGUUCAGCUUGCGCUCUGAAAGGGUUGGAUUAAGUUGAGCUGUUGGCUGUUUGACUGGCAUGGCUGGCCGCUGUCAGAACUCGACUUGCCUCUAGAAAUAUGAUUAAUUUGGAGAAGAAACAGUUUGAUCAGGUUUUAGUUCUAAACGGAGACAUACUGUACUGAACAGUGUUAUAAUCUGAACACCUCUUCUCCUACAGCCCUAGCAAUGUGCAUCAGUUUCUUCUGCUCCAGAGCCCGGUUAAUUCCCUUCUCUUUGAAGCUGGUUUUCAUCUUUCUUUUGUGAUGUGGUACCAAGUUUGGUACCAGCCAGUCCAGGGAAAUUAGAUGAUGUUGCUUUCUGCAUUCAAGUAAAGAAUUCUUGCUGCUUUUCCUAUUAAUUUGCUUCAGUGCCGAUGUGGAGCAAGAUAAAAGGCCGCCUAAAGUCAAGCGUGAGAGAUGAGCCCGUGGACAAUUUUCCUCCUACUGUGUAGCAAGCACUUCUUCUCUUCCUGGAGCACCAGCUGCUCCCAGAUAAUGGAUACUCAGGAUUUUCUCAGGCACAAGACAUGCAGGAGUGGAAAAUGUUUCCUCACAAAAAUUUGGCCUUCAGUCCUUCAGCCUCCUCCCCUUACUGUCACCUGAGAAACCGGAGGAGCUGUUACUUGAACGAUUCAGAGAACAGAUCGUAUUCACCAAAGAAAGCAGCGUCCAGUGCUUGAGUGUCUGCAUGGUUUGUGCUUGUGGGGAUGUUAUUUAUUUUCAGGUAAUUUAUUAAGUGGGUUAUAGGAGAGUGUCCUGUGUGGUUGGCUGUGCUGUCUGAUGUUUUGAGACAGCCAAACUUGAGAAAGCAUCUGUUCUGGAAAAUUCCAGAGCCCCGUGUUCUUUGCACAAAACCUCCAGCUUCUUGAGGGAGAUCUGGAGCAGCGGGGGAAGGUAAGAACCAAAUGUCAAAGGCAGGACUAGAAACAGAGUUUCACCACACCGGUUCAAAGAAAACGAAGAGUUGAGGGGACGAGGUGAAAAAUGAUGUGAACCUUCCCUGCUCCAUCUAUUUCUUUCCUUUCCCAGAACUUCUAGGCUGUGGGCAGCUGUUACAUGAUUGAUUUGGUGCUGGGUUCAAAUGCAGUGUCCUUCUGCUGAAUGUUCAUUCCUACCUUGUCCCUCCCGUUCUUGUGUUUUUCAUGGAGGAACGCAGACAAUCUGGGGUUGAACAUUGAUGCCUUAAGAGUGGAUGUCCCUGUUUGCUAACCUGGGACAAGACACAGAGGAGAGUCAGGUUCUCCAGACACCCUGGAGUGCAGAAAGACACUUUGAAGCCCUCAGAGAUGCCUCAAAGAUGCUGCAGCCCACAAUAGGCGUGGCAGGGAGAUCGCUACCUUUCCUUCACCUGCGUGGUUCUUGGGCUUCCUGCUGUGCAUACCUCUGCUACUGCUCCAGUCUGCUCUCUCUUUUCCAUCAUAAUGUUCAGAAAAAAUCCGUACAUCAUUGGAAUCUUUGCAUUUUGCACAAUGACACUCAGCUGGUAAUUCUUCAGGGACAGCACUGGAUUUGUCAGAGGUCCUUGCAGAUUCUCAGAUGUAGCAUGGCCAGCACCUCGCUUGUGAAUGAAUGAAUGGGGAGCCAUAUUCAUAGGAGCUUAAUGAGUGAAAGAACAAGGAGGAAGUAAUGGUGGAUAGGAACACCUCCCAUGGGCAUGUGCAUGUCUGUCCUGCAGUAGUGGCCCUUCUGGCUGGCUGGAAGUCAAAUGGUCUUGGUGGAGCAUUGUUCAGCUUUGUUUUUUUCCCAAGUGAUUCACUUGUCUGUGUAAAAUGUCACAAUGCUAAACCAGAAAACUCUUGAAUGCUUAAGAUAGAAGCAAACUAAAGCUGCUACUUUUAACCAGCAUGGUGUCACUGAUUGGGUCACCACCUCAGAUCCCCUUUCCUGAGUGUAUUUUCAAUAGAGAGGAUAGAUGUUUUUGUAGGUAGCAAUUAAGGAAAGAAGGCAGAAACCUGCAGUGUAGGUUUGAGCCAGAGUAUCAGAGAAACAAAGACGGCUUCUGUUCUGUAGAUAGUGUGACUGGUGUGGAGAAGGUUGCCCUGCGUCCCUAAGGCUUUCUGGCCUGUCCACCAGCAGGGAGGAGGUUGUACAGCUGACCUGCUGAGGUACCAGAGGCCAUUGGAGAUGGUAUGCCUGUUGUCUUGCUGCUAGCUUAGUACCCUCGAGAGAAGCAGGAACUGUUCCUACAUCUGUUUGGACAGAGGGAAGCUGUGUCUAAGUAAUGUCUUUAUUCCUUUGCAAACAUCACUGUUUAUUUUUGGUAGCAGUCCUUGCUAGGAGCAACCCUCAAAAGACUUUGAGUGUAUGUGAACUAUCUGCUCAAAUACCUCAAGUGUGCUGAGUUGCUUUGAGUUGAGGGUAUACUUAAAGCUUGGAGUGUGUUGAGUACUUGUGGGCUGAUGAUUACCACGGUGGAGCAGUGGUCCGUCUGAGUCAUGGCUGGAAUCGAGGCGGUAUGGGGAAGCUCAGAGCCUCACCAACAGAGGCUGAGUUCUCCAUUUCUCUCCCCAACCUUCCCAUUAUAAGAACAAGAUGAUAUUUCUGGGCCCUGAUUACCUUGGUGCAACCACCUUGGAAGAUCUGAAGGCUGAGAUGUGUUCCUGAGCCCUGUGAGCUGUUUGGGGCAGUGCCUGUCAUCACUGAGGAGACAGGCUUGUGAGGACAAGGAGCACGAGUCCUUCCCACAGCAGGAUGCUCCCUCAGCCGAGCUGGGGAACAUCAGUACUUCUGCCUUUCAGAAAAGGCUCUUGUUGCUCGUGAGGUGGAACGAGGGAUUGAAAAAAUCCCAUCUUGUUCACUUUCCUUUCUUGAAAAAGUGGCCUUAGCUUUUUGCAAUACUUGAAUAAGUGUGUACCUGCAGAAGAUCUUCAGUAGCACAGUGACAGAGACCUUUGAAGUGACUAUUCUGCAAGGAACCGCGUUUGGUUCCGACUUUCAUAUCCCUUUGCUACCUUAAGAAUAUUAGGAAAAUAAAGUACUUUUCAUCAGAGAAACAGUUGAAUCUUGUAAGGUAUUUAGUGCAUCUGAAGUGUUUACAAAUCAGCUAAAACAGAGAAAAGCAAACUAUUUGAACUUAUUUGUAAUUUAAACAUUAAAUGCAAAAUUCUAUACAGCUGACAGAGGAAUACUGUAAUUAACCUGCAUUUACUAGGGGUUUUCUGUGACUUUGCAGAGCCUUUGGAUAUUGCAAAGCCGCCUCUGGGGAGGCUCCAUCUCCCUCUGUACUGUGUCGUGGAGAUGCUGAAAAGAAAAACCCAGUUACUGUGUACGUGUAAAUAACCUGAUCACUUGGGGUUUGGGCCAGUUUUGGCUAAUGUUCACAUCCAGAGCAGCUUUGCACAGUAGACAGAACCCAAGGGUGUGGAGGGGUUGGGUUGGUUGGGGUUGGGGUUUUUUGUUUUGUAAUUAAGAACUGUAAAAUAACCAGGGUGGUCCCUGUGUACACCAGUGUAAAUAUCUUUGGUAACUGAAAUGUACUUUAAGAGAACAAAAUCUGUAAAUAAACUGAUUUAUAAAUUAA